AUGGAAAAGAAAAGUAGUUAUAAAACAGUGUUAUUAGGAGAAUCAUCAGUGGGGAAAUCAAGCAUAGUUUUAAGAUUAACAAAAGAUACAUUUCAUGAUAAUACAAAUACUACAAUAGGUGCUUCUUUUUGCACAUAUGUAGUUAACAUAAAUGAAUUAAAAACUAAUAAUAAUAACGGUGAUAAUCGUAGUAAUAACAAUAAUAAUUUAACAUUUAAUGACGAAAAUAGUGAAAGUUUAUAUAACAUAAAAUUUGAUAUAUGGGAUACAGCAGGACAAGAGCGAUAUGCAAGUAUUGUUCCCCUAUAUUACAGAGGUGCUACUUGUGCUAUAAUAGUUUUUGAUAUUAGUAAUUCAAAUACUCUAGACCGAGCUAAAACUUGGGUAAAUCAAUUAAAAAUAAGUGGUAAUUAUAUUAUAAUUUUAGUUGCAAAUAAAAUAGAUAAAAAUAAGUUUCAGGUUGAUAUGUUAGAGGUGCAAAAAUAUGCUCAAGAAAAUAAUUUACUUUUUAUUCAAACAAGUGCAAAAACGGGAUUUAAUAUAAAAAAUGUUUUUUAUAUGCUUGCAGAAGAAAUAUAUAAAAAUAUUAUAAACAGUAAAAAUCACAUAGAUAAUAAAACAGUAAAUAACAACUUAAUAAAUUUAAAUAGUGAAAAACAACAAAAAACAAAUUGCUGCUAA